GACUUAUGCGUGUAUGGAGGCGCCACUGUUGGCGUCGCCGUUUGAACGGUACCAUCCGCGGGGAGGGCGCCGGGGAGCAGCCCGGCUAGGGCUGCCUGCCUGCUAUUGACUUCCUACUAGCACGCAGCUAACAGCUAGCUAGCCAGCACUCGCGUUCGCACCACGCCGAGUGCGCAUACUUGAUGGGCCACUGAGGCGAGUCGCGGGGGCCAGCGGAGGUGUGCAGCGCGAGUAUGGAUGGCCACACGCAGAGGAUCCAGCUGGUUUCAGCAGAUGGCAACAUGUCCAUGGGGCACCGAAUUCAGAUUGUGAGCGAUCCGCAGAAGAAGUUCCAGAUCGUGACGGCCCUGGAGCCGGCGUCUCCCGGCAAGCAGCAGUUUAUCCUGGCCAACGCCGAGUAUUCCCCCGGCGGGAAGGUGAUCCUGGCCAAGCGAGAGGGCUCCCCCAACAAGGUCCUCCUCGCCAGCCCCGACGGCUCCGGGCUCAACCAGCUGCUCUUCGCCUCUCCCGAUCUGUCGGGACCGCAGAUUCAGUUUGUCACCGAGGGCUGCGAGCAGUCCGUGGCCAAGCCUAUUGUGGAGUACUGCGUUGUCUGCGGGGACAAGGCCUCCGGGCGCCAUUACGGAGCGGUCAGUUGCGAGGGCUGCAAAGGCUUCUUCAAGCGCAGCAUCAGGAAGAACCUGGUGUACACGUGCAGGGGCUCCGGCGAGUGCGCCAUCAACAAGAUCCACCGAAACCGCUGCCAGUACUGUCGACUGCAGCGCUGCAUGGCCGUGGGCAUGAAACAGGAUUCCGUGCAGUGCGAGAGGAAGCCCGUGGACGUGCCCGCCAGGGAAAAGUCUGUCAACUGCGCCGCCUCCACGGAGAAGAUCUACAUCCGCAAGAACCUGUGCAGCCCGCUGGCCGCCACGCCCACUUUCGUGUCCGACAGGGAGACCUCCAGGUCGGCGCAUUUGCUGGAGUCCAGCAUGUUGCUCAACAUCCAACAAUCUUUCCCCAAGCUGGAAAACGCCAUCUUGAUCCCGGCGUCCCCGGAAAAGCACGACGACCCCUGCCACGGCGACCUGGGCACGCUGGCCAACGUGGUGACCUCGCUGGCCCACCUCAACAAGGCCAGAGAGGCCGGCGGCGGUGGCGAGAUGGACGACACGCUCAGCAACGGCGACGACUCCAUGACGGACCCGCAGGAGGAUGAGCAAAGCGAUAUCAGCAGAGCCUUCGACACGCUGGCCAAAGUCCUGCACGCCGACGGCUCGUCGCCGCCCAACCUGCAGGCUGCCAUGCGGCUGAUGUCGGGCGACCAGUCGGGCCCGGUGUCGGACGUGGAGGGCUCGCUGCUCUCGGAAAGCCAUAUCCCGUUCAAGCUGAUGAUGCCCGUGCCCGUGCCGGAGUUCCUCAACGUCAACUACAUCUGCGAGUCGGCCUCGCGCCUCCUCUUCCUGUCCAUGCACUGGGCGCGCUCCAUCCCCGCCUUCCAAGCCUUGGGAGGUCAGGAGGACAACGACAUCAACCUGAUGAAAGCUUGCUGGAACGAGCUCUUUGCCUUGGGUCUGGCCCAGUGCUCCGACGUGAUGAACGUGGCCACCAUCUUGAGCGCCAUCAUCGGCCAUCUGCAGACCGCCUUGCAGGAAGAGAAGCUUUCCCAAGAGCGCGUGAAACUGGUGAUGGAGCACAUCUGGAGGCUGCAGGAGUUCUGCAACAGCAUGAGCAGGCUGUCGCCGGACGCUUACGAAUACGCCUUCCUCAAAGCCAUCGUUCUCUUCAGUCCCGAUCGAGAGGUUCCAGCAGAAGGCCUACGUGGAGCUGCAGGACUACGUGGCGCGCACGUAUCCCGAAGAUUCCUACCGGUUGUCCAAGCUGCUCCUGCGGCUUCCCGCCCUGCGACUGAUCAGCGCCGCCGUCACCGAGGAGCUCUUCUUCGCCGGCCUCAUCGGCAACGUGCAGAUCGACAGCAUCAUCCCGUACAUCCUCAAAAUGGACUCCACCGACUACAACAGCCAGUCGCUUCCUGGGGUUUGAGCCUCGUCCUCGUCCUCGUCCUCCCCCCCCCCCCCGCCCUUGGAGUCGGUCUGCAGAGUGUCUGGCGGCGUAAGAUAAGAGAGUCGGCGAUCAGGCCGGAAGCGGCGCUCUUGUCGCGUGUUCACUUGACGGCGCCGAAUUUCCCAUUUUCUGCUUUGUCGCCGCGAGGCCUUUUUUGCAAAAAGCGGUUGCGGCAGACGCGUUUUUUUAAGCCGCUACUCGUCGACGGCUCGGGAUGACAUUUCGGGAUGAACCUCAAAUGCGUUGGCUACCGAAAUGGACCAACGCCUUCCCACUUCUUUGCCUUUCUGUGACUCUUCCAGUCGCUCUUUUCUCAGCCACCCGCUGACGACGCGACGCUCUAAACUCAGUGGCCACUAAAGCAGCACUGGAAGAGUCACAGAAAGCCAUCGGUGGUCUUUUAGUUGCCCCAAUCUCCAUCUCCCAAACGUUUUGGGAGUACUGUACAAUCAUGCUGUCCUGUGGGUUGGUUUUUUUUUUCCUUCCGCAAUUAACUCCAAAACGU